AUGGCGGUCACACAUGGAUUGGUCGACUGUCAACCUUGGAUACUCGGUAUUCCAGAGGAAAUAUGGGAUCAUAUUUUCAUGUCAGGUGUGUUGGAUCAUGUCGAUCUAACGAAUAUUUCCGGUACUUGCAAAUACUUUCAGAAGAUAUGUAAGAGCAACGAGUUAUGGCGAAAGAAACUGCAACAAAGGUUUCCAAACUUGUUUGACCAUUUCGACAGAGGAGCCAACAAGUGCUGGCAAGAAGUGUACAAGGGUCGAGUGCAAUAUGGACGAAGAUCGAGAAGCAUCGUCUCGGGGCUGUCGUCCGAGUACUACAACACUCAGGAGAUAUCAAAGGAAGGCUUCGCUCAGUUUCUCUUACUCCUCGAGGAACAUGAGGAGGCGGGAAACUACAUCAUGGACGAACUCAUGAACAUAGUGCAUGAUGGGAAGAAGAGCCACAACCUGACAGAAAAAUACUAUGCAGAGAAGGUCCUGAGAUAUUUAAGUCAGAUCCAUUUGGCAAAAAAAUGGCAGCAAUACCUCCAGUUACCGGAGGCCGAACAGAACCUGGAGCUGGGUGCUGUGAUGAUAGCUCAAUGGUGCUAUCCAACAAUCAGUAUUACCCAGAACUCCAUCAAUGUCUCUCACUGUCUGUCCUUCAGGUGCUGUGCUGUGAUGAUAGCUCAAUGGUGCUAUCCAACAAUCAGUAUUACCCAGAACUCCAUCAAUGACCAGUUGGAUGAGAUCGCAGGGAUGGUGAGACGGGAACUGAGUCGGCGGGCGCCAGACCACCCAGCAUGCAAUAUGGAGGAUAACGCACUGGGGGUGAGCAAACAUUUAUUCAAGCACUCAUCAUCUGUCUCGAUUUCAGAGCAUCUGUGGUCUCCUCAGCAAUGCCGAGUUAUCAUGGAGACAUUAAACUAUAUAUUGUUUGACAAACUUGGAUUCUGUGGCAAUGAAGAGAAUUACUACGACCCCAAGAACUCCUACAUCAAUAGAGUUCUGGAGAGGAAGAAAGGGAUCCCUAUCACGCUGUCCAUCGUCUACAGAGCUGUGGCUCGGAGGCUGGGGGUCGUGUGUGAAGCCAUCAACUUCCCGUCCCACUUUCUUCUGCGGUGGCUAGUUAGGCCCAUAGCCCCUGUCAGUCAGCAGUAUGUGUUUGUGGAUGUGUUCCGUGCAGGUCGCUUCAUGCAGCAGGAUGAAUGUUGUAGUGCAGUCGGUAUUCCCGAGGGUCUCGCCUUCCAGAAGGAACACUACAUGUCUGUUCCACCCAAGAAGGUUUUGGAGCGAAUGGCCAGGAACUUGGUCGGUAUCGGCCGCCAUCAGAGUCAGCUUGGUGACGGACUGCUGUGUUUACGCAAUGCCCUAGAUCUCUUCCUUAUCAUCAGUCCUGACGACCUUGAAAUGAGGCUGCUUCAAGUCCGCAUCAACCUCCAUCUCAACAUCAACUUGCCCGAUGUGAUCGACAGUUUGCAGCAUGUGGCUGACCUUGACCCUACACGUAUGGGGCUGGUGGCGUACCUGCUACAGGAGGCACAGGUUCACAUACAGGAAAACAAGGACACAGAAAAGAAGGAAAAGCCCAAGAGGAAGUUGCGGAAGGACAACAAGAAGGUGGAGUUCUCUGUUGGCAUGGUGAUGAAGCACAAGAGGUACGACUACACUUGCGUGAUUUUUGGCUGGGACGAGACUUGCCAGGCGACCGAGGAAUGGAUAGUGCAGAUGGGUGUUCACAACCUGACGAAGCAACACAAACAGCCGUUCUACAGCGUCCUAGUGGAAGAUGGCAGCAACAGAUAUGCAGCGCAAGAAAACAUGUUGUACACAGACAGUCCUCAUGAGAUCCAGCAUCCGGAAGUUGGUCGGUACUUCCAGGCCUUUACGGGCACGUACUACAUCCCCAACCAGGAGAAACACAGCGAGUACCAAGACGAUGCCGACGUGACACGCGCCCUCCUCCAGAAAUAUAACUCCCACAAAAAUGUCUGAUUAGGCUGGAAUCAGUGACUGAAAACACAUGGCAUUGUAAUUCCUUUGUGCCAUUUCUGGACGAACUUGUCACAGAAAGUGCACCUGUGAUUAUCACAGAAAGUGCAUCUGUGAGAAGAGAUUUGUGUCUGCCUACUGUCAUGUGACCGCUCCAUAUUGGGAACUCACAGUUCUUUACAUUGGGUAGGGCCGGUGGGGUAGCCUAGUGAUUAAAGCGUUUCGCUCGUCAAGCUGAAGACCCAGGUUUGAUUCCCCACAUGGGUACAAUGU